UUGAAAUGCCAGUGGAAUGCUUGGAACUAGUCAAAGAUCCCAAUAUAGAUAAUAAAGGUAUUCUAAUUGGUUUAUUUUUAAAUUUUAGGCUGUAUUGAUCAGUGUUUUCAAAUCUCCGUUCAUAGCACUUACGAAACUGUAUCGAUAUUUGAAACUUCAGCGGCAUAACCAAUUAAUUUGCUUGCAAAGAUGAUACUCAUCGCUCUUCUCUCUUUGGUGGUAGUAUCAGUAACAUAAAUUAGCUGAUGAGGACAAAAUAAAAUAUGCCAACCCCAUAAGCAGCAUUCAUAAAACAAAUUUAACCCAAGGAAAUUCCAUAGUCAUUAUUUUGUGUGCAGUGUGUGUUCUAAUCCAAUGUAUAAAAUGCUGUCUACUUGUUAACUUGUAAAAAUUACUGCCUUUAUACUUUAAACGGAGCACUUGCAACCACUUGUUUGCAUCAAAAGAUGUCUCCCAAUAAACAGGAAGUGUCUAAGACAACAGCUGUUUCUUCUGCUGGAUAUGAAGUAACUAGAAGUUUCAGGAAUCUCGGUGAACCGGUUUAUGUCAAUGUGUAUCAUUUACAUUGGCCUAACGGAUUAAAAAUGGGUGCAUAUCAUACGGGUACUGUUGUCUACGACAGGGAAUUCGGUUUUGGUGGACAUCCAUUCGCCAGUAGUGGUAUUUUUCAAACUACACCAAUGGAUAUUGAUAACUUAGGUGAGGAAAUCUCUUUCAAGGAAAGGCUGUAUAUGGGUCGGACUUAUCUAUCAAAGAAAGCAGUGGAGCGGCUGCUUGUAAGUUUGGCUGAUGAAUUCCGUGGUGAUGCCUAUCAUCUGCUUCAUUUCAACUGCAAUCAUUUCACUUCACAGUUUGUUGAUCUUCUGUGUCAUGGUACUCUACCGAAAUGGGUGAAUCGGUUAGCUCGUAUUGUAUCCGGAUUACCAUUCAUUGAAUCCUUCCUACCGCCACAUUGGGUCCGACCUAGUUUAAUGUAUGACUGUGAUUAUGAUGAAGAAGAUUUCCGAGAAGAAGAAGAAGAAGACGACGACGAAGAGGUGAAGACGCUUUCGGAAGAUGAGAAAAAAGAAAAAGAAGAACCAAAAGUGGAUACUGAAAAAAACAAUCGGAAUCUAGUCAUAAUUAAUGAGACCCCUACUACUACGACAACUAAAGCUACUGAUAAAAUGAAAAAUACCACUAGCACUAGUAAUUCUACAACUCACUACAAAGAAGCAGAUGAUCAGAAUGUACAAUGUCCUAAUGACUCUUUAAUGAAGACAUUUACAGAAAAACCACACUUCCAAUUUGUUUAUUCUGCAUCUACAGGCAACGGGCAUGUUCCACAUCAUAACAACAGUAAUAACAAUAAACACUCCAUUGAUCAUUCAGAUAAUCAUCACAAUACUUCAUUGUGUAAUAUUAGAAUGGUGUGAAUAAUGGAUAGAAAAAAAGAAAAGGAACAUGCCAGUGUGUAUAAAUGAGAAAUAUACUGCCUAUUCAAUUCUUCCAAAUAACAAUGAAUUAUACUGGACAUUAUUACUAUUACUAUCAUUAUUAUUUUUUACUCGACAUUAAUUAUCUAUAUUGUUUUUGUAAAAAUAGUUCUAUCUGCGGAUAUUCAUUCAGUCUACUUGAUGAAUUAUGAGUACAUUGUUGAGAAGGGAAUCAAAUACAUUUUCUAUUCAUUCCCGUUUAGUUUCUAUGGGCAGCCUCCGUCCUGGCCCGCCUCUGUCCCCCCAUCCCCGCCGCCAAUUUACUAUCUUUAUUCUCAGCGAAUAAAAGUAUGCUCAAGUUCCUCUGUUGUUUUGAUACAUAUUGUAGGCCGUUUGUCUUUUUAUUUCGUGGGUGUGCCUCCUUUGUGAUAGUAUUGGAAACUUUUUGUAUUGUUCGAGUAAUUGUUUGUCUUUGUUUGAUAGCCAGCACAGCAGCCAACCGUUAACUGAUAAUCGUUUGUCUUAUUAUCAUCAUCAUCAGGUGUAAAUUCACUCUGUGUUUACUUUUUUGAUAAGCGUCUUUCUGUGUUGCCCCAAUUCAAUUCAUUGACUUUUAUUUUUGCCGUAAUUUGCUCCCACUCUAUUACUCUGAGUCGUCUCCAUCGCCUUUUGUUUGUUUUGUAAAUUGUCUGUCUUGUUGAUUUUUGUAUUGUUGAAUAUCUUGACAAUUUGACCAAAAAAGAAAAAACAGACUAACAUUUGUUUGAUUUUUUAUGCGUCUUUCUUUGUCUCUUCAUAAUUUGAUAUUGUUUUUUUUAAAAAGCUAAUUUGUACUUGUUUUUAUUAUAUAAAGACACUUGCUUAUAUAAAUUCGGUAUAUAUUUCAAAGAUAUAUAUAGAUAUAUAUAUGAUUUCAAGUGCAGUUUUGUUUAUUUUCAACGGAACAUAUAAUACGACAUAAUUUAUCCAAAACGUGUAGUGUAUUUGUAUAAGACAUUUUGGACAUUCUCAUCAUCUCUGUACUUGCCAUACAUAGAUAUUCAUUUUCGAGAGAGUUAGUUUGUAG